CGUCGAUUUUUAUAUUUUUAUGGAAGUAUUUUUUCGAAUUAUUUAUUAUUUAAAAAAUCAAAAUGUGUGAUAAUUUAGUGAAUAAUGAAUCAGAAAUUCAACGAAUUUUAAGUAUACCUAUUGAAAGCGACGAUGAGUUUGCUGAUAUUGGUCUAAGUGAUGACGAAAAUUUUGAAUUGCCCGAAUUAUUUGAAAAUGACGACCGCAUUUUAAAUGAAACUAUAGACGAUGCUGAUAAUAUACUGAAUUAUCCCGUGUAUUUUUCUGAAGAAAAUAUAACUAAUUUCGGUUCUUCAACGUCACAAUCCCCUAUUGUCAUUCAAAUUCCAUCAGAUGUACAAUCUUUGCCAACAGAAUCUGUUUCACCAUCUUCGUCAUUUGUUUCACAAAUACCUAUAAGUAGAAACCGUAGAUCCACAAGAAAACUAAUUGCUUCUAAUAAUUCUAAAACAAAAAAUAUACCAAAAAUAAAAAAGUUGGACCCGAUUUGGAGAAAAGGAAAUUUUUCACAGAAUCUCGAGUUUAUAAAAUUUUUUGGGGAAAAGCCAAUGCCUGACGAAAUAAAAGAAAUGAAAUCACCUAAAGAAUUUUUUUCUUAUUUUUUUGAUAACGAAUUAUUAGCACAUAUUGCCGAACAGUCUACACUUUAUAGUACUCAACAAAAUCCCGAAAAACCAAAUAAAAUAACGAUAAACGACGUACGACAUUUUUUGGGCAUAAUUACAAUGAUGUCAAUCGUCCAUCUACCAAAUACGAGGUCAUAUUGGUCAGAAAAUACUCAUAAUAAAAUAAUAAGAAAUUGCAUGAGUGUAAAUGUGUUUGAAAAUAUUAGGCGGUAUAUGCAUUUUAACGACAACACUUUAGAUUUACCUAGAGAUAAUCCAAAUCGUGACAGGGUUUUUAAAGUUCGGCCACUUAUUGACACACUCAAUAAAAAGUUUAGCUCUGUACCUAUCGAAGAAAACUUAUCAUUAGAUGAGCAAUUGUGUCCAACUAAAGCUGUAUCAUAUCUCAAACAGUAUCUCCCUCUGAAGCCUCAUAAAUGGGGGUACAAAUUAUUUGUUUUAUGUGGUGUUUCUGGCUACGGUUAUAACUUUGAAAUUUACACGGGAAAUGAAAAUAAGGAAGACGAACGAAUUAUACACAAUGAACCAGAUUUUGGAGCUACAGGCAACAUUGUUGUGAGAAUGACUAGAAUGGUACCGGAAAAUGUGCACCAUAAGUUAUUUUUCGAUAAUUACUACACCUCAUUACCAGUUAUGAUAUAUCUAGAAAAAAAAGGCAUUCACACAGUUGGCACAUUUAGACGUAAUCGUUUUCCAAACGUCUGUUUGACAGAUGAUCGUUUAUUGAUGAAAAAAGAUCGCGGAUAUUCUGAAGAGUGUUUCACAGUGGUUGAAGAUGUCCCUAUUUCAGCUGUUGCAUGGAAAGACAACAAGGUAGUACACGUAUCCUCAACUUUUGUAGGUGAACUCGAAAAAAAUGUAGUGAGUAGAUUUGACAAAAAAAAAAAGACCACCGUUAUUGUACCUAGGCCGAAAAUCAUUGAAGUUUACAAUAAACAUAUGGGUGGGGUUGACCUUAUGGAUUCUAUGAUUGGGCGCUAUAGAAUAAUAAUGAGGUCUAAGAAAUGGUACAUGAAAAUUUUUUACCAUUUGGUUGAUAUGUCGAUUGUAAACGCGUGGAUUUUGUAUAAAAAAGUUACAAAAAAACCAAUGAAACUAGCUCAAUUUCGAGAGCAAUUAGCUGUGGAACUUUGUCAAACAGAAAUGGAAAUAAAAAAAAAAGGCAGAAAAACAAAGGAAUCGUUGGAAAAACAAAUGCUGGAGGAGCUUGAAAAAAGAAAAAAAAGGACACCAACUGCAAUUAUUCCAUCAACCCAUUUACGUUUGGAUGGGCAUCAACACAGAAUACAAUUUGAGAAAAUUCGACGAGUAUGUAAACUACCAAAAUGUAAAUUUCAAUCAUUCGCUAAGUGUACUAAAUGCGAUGUUUUUUUAUGUUGUAAUAAAGAAAGAAAUUGCUUCGAUUUAUUUCAUUAUACCUAACUGAAUUUGUUUUAUUUUUUAUUAUUAUUUUAGAUUUUUUUUUUUUUUUUAAUUUAAUUUGUAUUCAAAAAAUAUAAUCAUGUACUUAUUUAUAAUUUCAUUUUAUAAUAUUGCUUUUCAUCAAUAAAUAUUAUAUAAAUUUUAAAAUUACAUGAUAUACUAAUGACGCAUAGAAGUGCAUACAUGCAUUUCAAUAUUUGAGACGUAAUAAUUAUUGUUUGUCGAUAGUGCAUAGAAGUGCACACAUGCAUUUUUCAAAAUUGAGUCAAAUUGAGUACUUACAUUUUAUAACUGAAUUUUUUUAAUAAUUUUAAUGGAUUCUACAGGUUGUAAUCUAUUAAAAAACAUUUUUUUUAUUAUUUAAUAAAAAAUCAUGCAGUGAAGG